AUGCUGCAGAUCGGCGACGAGGUGAUGUAUUUCUCGGCGGUGUUCCUGCUGCUGAUGCUGGGCACCAGGAGCGCCACGGGGGCCUCCCUGCUCACCGCGUGCCUCUACGUCUUCAUGGUGAUGUUCCAGUUCCCCCCGGUGCCGGCGGAGCAGGCCGGCCGCGUCCUUCGGCCCGGGGCUCCUCCGGGCGGCGUCCCGGUGGUGGCGCACCGCGGCGGGAGCCACGACGCACCGGAGAACACGUUGGCGGCGAUCAGAGAGGCCAGCAGGAACGGAGCCACCGGAGUGGAGCUGGACCUGAGCUUCACUGCAGACGGCGUGCCGGUGCUGAUGCAUGAUGAGACGGUGGACCGCACCACCAACGGCUCCGGGCCAAUUAACAAACUGCAAAUUCUCCAACUGAGGAGAUUCGACGCUGCUGCACAUCACAGACUGAAAGAGAAGUUCAGCGGAGAGAAGGUCCCGACUCUGCAGGAGGCCGUGGAGGAAUGCAUGAGACACCAGCUGACCAUCUUCUUUGACGUCAAAGGUCAACCUGACAAGGCUGCAUCAGUGCUUCGUGAGAUGUACAAGAAGUUUCCUGUCCUUUACAACUCCAGCAUUGUUUCCUCAUUUGAACCCAAAGUUAUCUACAAGAUGCGUCAGACCGACCCCAACGUGGUCACGGCCCUGACCCACCGGCCCUGGAGACUGAGCCGCCUUGGCGAUGGCACUCCUCGGACCCUGUCCACGUGGGGUCAGCUCUGGACGGGGUUUCUGGACGUCUUGCUGGACUGGGCCCACCACCACAUCCUGUGGAAGCUGUGUGGAGUCUCUGCCAUCCUCGUGCAGAAAGACUUCAUCUCACUGGACUACAUUCAGUACUGGGCAGAUCGAGGAGUGGAGGUGGUGGGCUGGACCGUGAACACCGCUGUGGAGAAGAGCUUCUACCAAAACCUGCUGAAGAUCGGGUACAUCACUGACAGUUUGCUGGAAGACUGUGAUCCGCAUUACUGA